UAUGUCCUAUAGCUCCUGAGGCAUUGCAUCCUGAAACCAAAUCCUAGGGCAUUGCCAGGAUGAAGGUCCCUCCUUGGCUCUUAUUCUUCCUUAUGCUUCUCCACCCCCAGGAAGGAGAAGGACAAUCUGGAGAGGACCCUGAUACAGAAGAGCUCAUGGCAGUCCUGGGGGAGUCAAUCACUCUCCCCAUGAACAUCCCAGAAGGUGAACAAAUUGGGAAAAUUAUUUGGAUUUUCAAAUCACCUCUUGCCACCAUUAAGGAAGGAGCCGCUGGAGAGCCCACCAUCACUGUAUCUGACCCUCGCUAUAAGGUCCUAGUGAAUAGCCCUGACCAGAUCUACUCCCUGCAGAUCAGUAACCUGAGCAAGGAGGAUGAGGGAAUCUACAGAGCAAAUAUAUUCACUGAGGGUCCCCUGGACACCAUCACUCGGAAGUUCACCCUACACAUCUACCGACGACUUCCAAAGCCCAAAAUCACCAUAUACUUGGAGAUCUCAGAGGAGUCCAUGUGCAACGUCACCUUAAAAUGUCAUGUGGAUGGGAGUGGAGAUGAUGAGGAGUACGGCUGGACACCCCUGGGAGCAAGGACUAUUGUUUCUGAUGGGGGCUCUGUCCUCCACCUCUCCUGGAAGCCUGGAGACAGUGACUUCACUUCUACUUGUGUAGUCAGAAACCCUGUCAGCAUCAGUUCCCACUCCCUACAAGCUGGGCAUUUCUGCACAGGCUCCAGAAGUUCAUCUUCAACAUCAUGUUCCCCCCUGACAAAGGGACUUUUCAUCCUGUUACUCUUAGGGAUCUUAAUAGUUGGGAUUAUCGUAACUAGGAUUUUAACAAAAAAUAAAAAGACAAUCACAAGAAUUCACAGGCAGAUGAAGCUGAGAAAGAAUGUCAAGCGACAAAAAAUGCGAGCAAAGGAGUUUCCAUUAGCAGGUCACACCUCUGAAUGACGGACAGGCUCAGGGCCUGAGCCCCGGAUGGGGAGGCCCAUCCCACCCCAUUCCCUUGCUAUAUGUUUCCUCUUUGGGAGCCUUCUUGGGAAUAUUUUCUCAGGGACUUUUCUCCCUCUUGAAGACUUUAUGAGAGCCAUCAGGCAGGAACUCCAAAAGUUCUCACUAUCUUAGGAAAGAGGUUCAGGCAAUAAAAUCAAGUCAAAUGAAAAUGACCAGAACUGCUCUUUUCCCCCCCUCUCUAUCUUUAAAAAUUCUUUGUUAUAGAGGUGGCAUUUUGGGUGAAGGAGGGAGAGGGAGAUAUUGGAAAAGGUAAGUGAUGCACCAAAUAAAAGAGAACAGCAGAACAAUUAAGAAAAAAGAAGAGUAAAAAAAAAAUUCAGAAGAGUUUUGCCCUGAGCCUGUCAAUCUAUUCUUUUCCCGCCGGUGGGGCUGGACUUUAUUGAAAACUAUUUCCCUAUUCUCUCCAAGUCUCUCUUCCUUCUUGCAGCAUUCCCUUCCCAGACUGGCUAGGUCCGUCUUCCAAUCUGGGAGGAAAAGUAAAUCUGACAAAUGCACUUACAGUAAGUGUUAGUGGCUUAAUAUGCUAAUUCUCCCAAGAGAACUUACCUUUAAAAAGAUAACAGGGAAUAAUUUGGAAUCUAGUGCAAGGAAAUCUUUGAGAGAGGAAUUUUAGCCAGGGGAAGGGUGGAAACAUCUUUCGUCUGUCGGUGUCCACCUUCCUGGAGUUAUGGUCUUUUUGUCUUUUCCACUCCAAAAUCCUUUUACCUCUAGUAGAUGAGUCCACUUAAUAUCUACCCUUUGGUUCAUCCCUUCUUCCGGUCUGGGGACACUUCAACCUGAGUGAGAACCCCAGGUGAGAAGGAACCAGCAAUAUUCCCCGCCCCCCACUCCACCCCCUUCUUUAUCUGCCCAAGCUUCCUUAACUCUGCUCAGUAUUAUUACGACUUGAACCAGCUGUUACUAUGGUUCCUAGCCUCUCAAGACCCUUUGAUCCUCCUCAUCAUGGCCCAAAUAUGGACAAAUCUCUUUUCCCCCUAGUUCAGCUGAGGCAAAGAUGGAAUUAUUCAAAUGAAAGUUGAGCAAAAAGCAACUCAAACCCAAAAAGACCUGAUCAUAUCAGUCCCCUUCUUAAAUACUUUUAAUGGUUUCCCUUUACCUAAGUGUUAUAGGAAUUUGUGAUUUCUUUUUAUUAUUCAGGACUCAGGGCCAUUCCUCCGGCAAUUUUUGGUUAACUAAAAGUCUGUUUUAAUAUUGACCUUCACCUGAACAAAAGCUUUCUCUUGGGAUAUAAAAAUUUAUCUAAGAGCCUUAAGUAUUCCUUAGAUGAGAAGGCAGAGGAAGAAUUUCCACUGUCCCUGACUCCUUAAGUGGCAUUCUCCUCAAGCAGUCUAUUUGAAAUCUUCUAAAUGUAGUAUAAUCUAUAACUUGAUUUAGUUUCUCUAUAGAGUUUGUUUGACUUGGCUUGUUUCCUUAGGGGAUGUGUGAAUUUAUGACUGUUUGAGAUUGUUCAACUUUUGUGACUCUGAAGGAAGUAUGGGAUUAGGGAUCUAUCCUCUCUUUAACUCUGACGGCCUAAGAUGAAUGUGCAAGAUUGCAAUAUGUAAAGAAAUUCUUUUUCCAUCACUCUGAUUUAAUUUUUCCUACAAGAAGACUUGUAAGAAUCCUAAUCAGGGUUCAGGUGAACCUGUGCUUGAGCAUAAUAAUCAAACCUAGGUUUUUACCUUCAUAAUUUCUGUGUUGUGGUAAAUAUAUUGGCCGCAGUUACCUAGCGCAUGAACUCAGGAAACACUUCUCCCACAACAAAGAGAUAGGGAUGCGCCCUGCAAUUCAACUGGUACAAAAAAGAUACUUCUGACGAGGAAACUCCCCCUACGUAUGCAGGUUGGCACCUUUUUUGUAACUGCUAGCCUUUGAGAAAUGCCUAUUCUCUAGGCCCUAGAACACAGAGGGGAUAAGUGAUUUAACUGAGAGGCAAAAAGAUGUAGUGAGACUUAAGAGUCAGGAAGAGCUGGUUUUAAACUCAUUUCAGAUAUUUAAGUAGCUAUGUGACCCUGGGCAAAGUCACUUCAUUCCUGGGCUUCAGUUUCUUCAUCUGUAACGUGAGGGAGGUGGACUUGAUCACUUCCACAACGCCUUCUAGCUUAGUCUCUAUGACUUUCCCAAGGUCAUGGGAUUAGAUUUUAGGGAGAUUACAUCUUGGGUCUUCUUGGUUCUCACACCAGGUCUCUAUCUAUGGUAUUUCCAUGGAUGUACUGGAGAUAGCUCAAAAGGCUUCUUAAUUUUUCAGUAUUAGCAUUUUCACCUUGGAAAUCUGCAAAUACUUUGAAUCAGGGCUUGAUUUAUUGUUUUGUUGAUUGUCUAGACUUAAUCUGAUUUCAAUCUAACUGUUCAAUUUCCAUUUGUGUACCAUAUGUUCAAAUAAACUGGAUUAUUUCUGUGUCCCCAAUUGCA